AUGAUUAUUGGAAAGAGCAAUACACUACAACAGAUCUUGGAUCGAUGGCCCGGUAAGCGAACGUUUGGCAUCUAUCGGUUUUUGCCUAUCUUCUUCGCACUUGGAGCUGCAUUGGAAUUUUCGAUGAUCCAUUGGCGUGUAGGAGAAACUAAUUUCUAUAAUACCUUCAAAAAACGGCAGGCGAAAGAAAUUGUGGAAGAAAAACUUCGUCUGCAUCAGCUAGAACCGAUUCCACAGAAGAGGGACUAA